AUGACUGAGUCUGCAUUUAUUGAUCUCGACAUCUCCGUAGACGAGCAGAAGGAGAUUUGUGAAGAAAUGAGACCAGAAGGGAAUGGAAACAAUCAAGAUCCGGAAGUCUAUAACCUCAGACAUACGUUUGUGAGAAAGAAGCCUAGUGGAGCAGAAAUUCGUAGAGCUAAAAGUCUCAAACAGUCUGAAGAUGAUUUGAACGGUAGAACUAAGAGGCAACGGGAUUCUCCUGAGACGUCUGAGAAUAGCAAGAUGACAAAGCGGCCUAAGGAAGAUAAAAAAUCUUUUAGGGACGUACUUCAAAGUAUUGAAGUAAUUAUUAAGCCCGUUGAUUAUCCGGAAACCAUAAUUGAUGAGAAUGGAGUCGUGGCUCUUGAAAGGCAUCUUCUCAAGAAAAUUGACAUGCUAAAAGUUGGUGAAUCGGCACCUCAAUUUCAUCAGAGAAAGCUAAUUGACGGGCACUGGAGGAUAAAAUGUAUUGGUCAACACUCAAAGGAAUGGCUCAUCAAGGUUAUUCAAUUUGUGAGACUCAAAGGUUCUUUUUUGGAGCUUAUGGAUGUGGCUGAUAUGGCUCAGAGACCAAAAUGUCGGGUUUUUGUACCUGGUGAGUGUAGUGUAGAUUCAUUAAUUAUGCAUCGAUUCAAAGUACAGAAUCCCGAUUUCGAUUUACGCUCAUGGCGCAUUCUAUCGAAUAAAAGGCAAUUUAAUAAUGAAGGAAGGCAUAUUAUGGUGGAGAUGGCCGAGGAAAGUGUUGAAGCUCUUAAAAGCAAGAAUUGGUACCUUGCUUAUGGACUCACUCAGGUAAAAUUUCAUUUGGUUGUUGUUGGAACGGGCGGCAAAAAUGCCAAAACCGAUUCAAAUUCCAACACUACUACUAGUGAGGCCAUUGAGGUCAUGGAUUGUUUGAGUGAGGUAGAGGAUAAAGUUGAUGAUAUCUAGGGCGGCAUUUUGCCAAUACCUAGCUCAG